AUACCCUAUAUAAAUACCAAAUAAACGAUGAAACUAAGCAAGCCCUCCUUCCAUUAGCAACUUCUCUCUCUCUCUCUCUCUCUCUCUCUCUCUCUAGCAAGAUGGGGCGCUCUGUGAGUUUCGUUUCAACCAUUUUGGUGGUGCUGAUGCUUCUCUUGGUCACUGAGAUGGGUUCGGGUCCCAAUGGGAUGGUUGCAGAGGCGAGGACAUGCGAGUCACAGAGCCAUAAGUUCAAGGGACCAUGUGUGAGUUCGACCAACUGUGGUUCAGUUUGCAAGACUGAGGGCUUUACUGGCGGCAAUUGUAGGGGCUUCCGUCGUCGUUGCUUCUGCACCAAACAUUGCUAAAAAUAUGUAAUUAUAUGCAUGCAUGGGAGAAGAUAAAGAGGGAUAAUAUCGUCAAAACACCUCUCCCCUACUUAGUUUAGUUCUUUGUUGUGUUGUGUCGUCUCGUGUGUUGUGUCUUGCAAAUAAUAAUGUCUCUGUCUGUGUUCUUAUGUGGACUUUCUUUUGCUUCAUGCUUUCUUUCGUGUGUGGUCUUCUUGUUUAGAAGUGUGUGUUGCCUACGUUUUUUUGAUUUGUGUGGAUGAUGUUGUUUAUGUUUGUACUCUAAUCUUCAUCUUUCUCUCUACCUCUCUAUAGCAUGCCAAUGGAUGGAUGAAGUUUAUAAUAAUACUUUGCCUUGUUUGAGAA